UUUUCGAGAUUUCGGGAAUCACAUUUGAGAAGGUAGACGAGUUGAUGCCGUGACUAGAAAAAAUAAGGAUUUUAGGAAAAAGAGAGAACAAGACUUGUGAAAGCGCGCGAUGCAACGUUAGCAAACGCUAGACGGUGACGCGUAGACGUCGUCACCAGCGGAGAGAGGGACGGUGCACGCGGAGCGGAAGUAGAGAAGCGAUAGACGGCGACUCCGUACGUUGCAAAUGGCAGACGGUGCGUAAUAUAUCUGGAUAGAAAACCAUCACUUUGUUUGCGUCGCGUUCCUUCGAGAUCGUCUUGUUGCUCAUCGAGGAAGCGGACAGAGUCAUCCCGUAGCCGCUCGUCACGUCUCGUGCACAUAGGUCACGUCAAUCAGAUCCCUAAUUCGCAGGAAGGUAGCGGACCGGCGAGCGAGCGGGCGAACGCCUUGCGAGAUCCGACGAAAAAUUGCGAGAAAUCCGUGGUACAUCUCAGGAUUAAACGACCUCGAACGGAAAGGCGGACAAUGGCGAGGCUGGUCAAUGUUUGGCGAGACGACGAGCCGGUGAAGUUGGCCAGCAAGCAAAUGCCGCUGAUCGUCGACGAGAACCUGACGAUGAUUAUGGAUAUAACUGGUUUGGGAGCUAUCUGUGAUAAUCCCUUGAUCAAUGGUAAACAACUGGAUGAGUUUACAAAGAAAUUUGCAUUACUCACAGUGGAAGAAAUCAAAACAUCUUUUGCAGUUACUUGCAAGAAGAUAGUUGAAAUCUUGAGCGCCGCAGAACCAUGUGUCGGCUGCCGAAGAAGUGUUGAAAGAUUAUUCACUGAUCUGAUGAAGUCAGGACAUCCUGCAUUAGAUCCUCUGGUUAUCACUCCUGAUGGUGUACUUUCUAUAAAAGAUGAUAUUUUAAAAUCACCUCAGCAGCUCUGUACAUUGUUACAUGGACACAGCACUAGGUUAAAUAAUUUAAUGGAAAGACAACAAAGAAAUAGAAAGUCUCAACGAUGUGUAUUGCAUACUCUGGAAAUUCAGCGGUUGCCACCGAUAUGGAAUUCUUGGAGGGAAGUGUGGGAUUGCAUGGAGCUACCAUGUCGACAGGAAUUGACUUUAAUAGAGACCGAUACGCUUGAUGAAGCUUUAGAUACUUAUUUGCGUAAACAUAGAUUUUGCGCCGAGUGUCGCAAUAAGGUGCUAUUGGCGUCGUCUCUCCUGACUCGAGAACCCGAGCCUAUAAAAGAAAAAGGUUACGUAGCAGUUUUAUAUUCUGGAAUUAAGCGUUGCUACCGCGAUCAUCACGUUCAUUUACCACCCAUCACAGAAUAUAUGACCACUCUCCUUGGUCGCGCACAACCAUGGGCACUUAUGGGAAGAGAGCGCCACGCGAAAACGCUGGAAAUUGCUCAAGAAGAAGUACUUACGUGCUUAGGUAUAUGUAUUGCAGACCGACUACACAAAAUACAUCGACGAAUGAAGGAAGAAGAAACUGUGUGCAAAGUAUUAGCUGCUGUUGCAGUGGAUGCAUUGUCCAGAAACUUUCAGUCGGCGAUUGAAAAGAAACAAGGUAUCUCUCAAUUGGAAUUAUUCUACAAGCAAGUUGCAAAGGAAGAACUAGCGAAACAACACAAACGUGAAAAAUUACGUCUUAAACGUAAGAAGAAGAAGGGACGUCGCAAUGAAAUAGAAGAAAAGGAGAAUUCCCGUGAUUUGCAGGUCCUAGAUCCAAAAAACAAAGGUCCACCGACGUGUAAAUGUCCAGAUUGUUUAAAGAAGCCAAAAACACAUAGUAUAUCACAAUCGCAAAGUAAGACAGAACUAGCAUUCCCUGUGAAAAAGGGUUCACAGAAAGUUAAAAAGAACACUUCCGAAACAAAGAAAAAUCUUAAUAUAAGUCAAUCGAAGCAAAAUAGUACACCUUGUAAACAAUUAUCUCAAGAGGAUUCAUCCGAUGUUUGCGAGUCGUGUAAGGAGGGUGAGAAAAUCGAUGAGAAUCAGUGGCGUUAUGACAACAAUUGUAAAGAUUCCAUGACUAACGAGCUGGUAGAUGCGUGGAUAACGGAGCCAAAUGAAAAUAAAUAUACUACGUGGAUGGUAAUGAAGAAACGUUUCGAAAUGUCUGAGAGAAAAAACCACACCUCAAGCGAACAAUCGUCUCAAGAUUGCGGAUACUCUUCCGAACAUAAUAUUAGUAGUUCUUCUCUUCCUAGCACACCGGAAGGUUCUGAAGUAGCUUGUAAUGAUGAAUGGUGUGAUCACGAAGGGACUUGUCAUGAUAAAUUUAAUCAUUCCAAUUCUAGCAUCUCUUUAUUGCAAAAAAAAGGUCCAACACUUACACAAAUGUUAAAGGAUUCCUGUUUUUCUGAUGAUGACGAGAAGGAGAGUUAUAUUCCAGUGGAGGAAGUAUUAGAAUUUAAGUCGAGAGAAUGUCAAGUUACGGAGAAGCGGCAGGAACUCCGACAAAUACUUAGAGAACGUUUUGCUAUAUUGUGCAGCCAUCAGAAACCACUUAGCAUUCUUCAUUAAGAAUUCCUACUACCUAUGGUAAUAUAUCUCCAUCUUUUUCUUCUUUUUUUUUUACUUUGAUUUACUGUCAGUAGUGAGACACGAAUGUAAUAGAUGUAUUUUGAAGAAACUGUUAUCAUUCGAAGUCGACCUGAUGUGAAUAAAAUGCUGAAUAUAUGUAAUUAAGAAGCCAAAAACAUUAUACAAUACUAUUUAUCUCUACGUGCAAAAAUUGCAUCUGAAAAAUAAAAAAUACUGGGAGAUUGAAUAGUUUCAUAUCUGAUGUUAAACAAUAACGUCGACUUUGAGAAAAGUACAGAAACACACACAUAAAUUGAGAUACGAUAAAACUAGUAUACGGAUCAACUUGAAUUGAUGUAUAUUGAUGUAUAUCUCGAAAUUAAUUGUAUAGAUCUUUGCAAUUUAAGCAAAUAAGCAUAUUUUGAACGAACAUGCCUUGGCCGUGAAAAUAUGGCAGAUCUGAUUCCGCAGUAAAUGCCAGUUGUUAAAGACAAGUUUUUCAGUGAUUUGAAAAGUAUUGUAUUUUCUUGAAAAUCUUUAUUUUCAAGAGUGUUUACGCGGCGCUAUGACUAUGGUGAAUUCGUGUCAAUGUUGUAACAAAAAGAGAUGCGAUAUAAUUUGUCGGAAUCCUAAUAU